UUCUCAGUAGAAUUGCAGUGCUCGGUCAGGAAACAUCUUUGUUCGAACCCGCUAGGCACUGCGUGAACUACCGAAAAGAUUAUUUUUACUUCUUUAAGCAGAAAAUCAAGCGAUAGGAUUCAAGUCAAGUGUCAUUCAAGAGUUGUGUAAUUUAAGAAGUUUUUCUUCUUCGGUUGAUUUUCCGAAAAUCCGUCCACUUGCGCACCAACUGUUCAUCCAGCAUAUGCCCGAAAGGCGAAGAGAGUGGAUGAGAGUGUGGGAUCGUGUUACAAAUAGAACUUUAUGCGAUUUAUUUUUUAACUGAAAACUUGAUGUGUUUAUUCAUUUGAGUCUCGGUGAAGAGCUAGUUGUAUCCCGCAACGGCAUUAGUCUGCAUUGGUCCUGCUUAGGGACCGCACGUGUUCUCCUGUUAGUGCCUCGGAGUGAAACGGAUUAGCAAGCUAAAAUUAACUACACUCAAGCAUGGCCCUGAGGAUUACCAUAUUCCUUUUAGCGACGUUGAGUGUGCUGUCAUCCCAAGUGUUCGCCCAGCAGAGGAUUGAUGUGACGAAUCAAGAAAUCCGCGAUGCCAUUCUAUCGUUGGUUCACUCGUACAACUUGCUGGACAAUAAGCUGGAAAGGCACGAGCAGCGAGAGCGGUCCCUCGGUGAGCAGGUCAAAAAGGGCCUGAUCACGUUGCAAAAGAACCAACGGAUAUUUGAACCACUCAAGGGCACCAUUACUCGGUUGGAGGAACGCGUCAGCAGCAUUGAAACGGCACUACUUAGUCAAGAUGAAAAAAACACAUUACAGCAGAUGAAGCUAGGCGAAACACUCGAGGGCGUUUUGCGUUGGUUGACGGACAAUGCACCGGCACUUGAGGCGAGAGUCAUCACAGAAUCCAGACCGUACGAGGAUGGUGAAGGCUUCGGAGGGAAGAUGGAUGAGAUAACCGAAAGUAUUAGAGAGUUAAGACGAGAAGUAGCGGAACUGAAAUCGGAUAGAGACUCACUGGAGCAAACAAAUCGUAACCUGAUUCAGCAGGCAGAAAAAAUAGCCAAUGGUAAGCAGGGUUCUUCAUCGGAUGAAAUCAUCGGCAAAAUCGAGGAGAGGCUAUCCUCGUACUACAACAAUCCAGUCGUAAUCUCCCAUUCGAACGUCGACUUCGAGGAGAAGGUCAUCAAAAAGUUAGACACGAUCGAUGCUGCCGUGAAGGAAAGUCAUUCACCGGCAUCAGUCGCUGUAUCCGCUCCUGGUUCAUCCAUAGAUAAGGACUUUGUACAUGGAUUGAUUAAUGAAACACUGGAGGCUAUCGAGGACAUGCGGCUGGAGGUUUUGACUGCGUCCGAUAAGAGUUUCUCGAAGACGGCGACCCGCAUCAAGGAGAACAACGAAGUACUGCAGACUUCAGUGAACGAGAUUUUGAAGACCUUAUCGGAAGAGAUCGUUGACACUGAAGCAUUCUUUUCCGGUACCAAGAAAGAUAUUGGAUCGUUGAAGGAUGAAAUUGCGGCUCUGAGUAGAUUGGAAAAGUUCUUACUGCAAACGGGUGAAAAUGUGUUGGAUGCUAAGCGAGGCAUCGAUUAUGGAAUUCAUCAAAUUUUGCGAGAGGUAACCGAUGUAGUCAAAACCAACUCGAAGGAACUCAAUAGGACUGUCACGAAACGAUUUGACGAUAUCGGUGCCACGAUUCUAGACAAUCAUAACGGUGCUUUAAGCAAUCUUAGCUCAAAGAUUGAAACAGAGAUCAGUCAGGUUUGGCGACAGAUCGGUAUCAUGUACCAAGAGAUUUCCUCCAGCAAACAAGCUCUAGACCGCCUUCAACAACAAACUGAAACCUAUGUCAACGGAACAUUAAGCACCAUGGACAGUAUGGAAGGAAAGGUUUCACUGAUCACUGGCCGCAUGUCUGAAGUGGACUCGAAUCUUAACUACCUGCUUGGACGUUUGUCGCUGGUCACACAGGAAUUCAAUCUGAUUAAACGUGGUCUAGGUCAGGCUUUGGAUGAAAUCAAAAGUAGCUUCAUGGAAGUACAAGAACGCGUCAAAGGUCCAGGUCCGCAUCAAAUUACCUCCGCUGAAGUAGAUAGCGAUUUGAACCAACCACCACCAGCCAUAUAAUAGAGUUCAUAGACUUUUUAGAUGUGUGGUAGAUUUAGUUUGUACAUGUUUUUCAAAUCAAAUAAGACCAAAGUUGGAAACCGGCAUUGGUUCUUGAACAAAGUUAUUUCAUUUUCAUCGGUUUAUGAAUGCGUGAAUUAAUUGCCCUUCAUCCGAAACCAAAGUACGGAAAAAAUAAAAGAGCAUUUGUAGCAUCAGUUCUGUAUCAAGAAAGCUAUGUUAGGUGAAAAAAGCAUAACAGUUGCUUACUAACCUGAACAAAAUUAUAAAUGUUUUGUUCGGUUGAAUUUGUAUAAGAAAUCAAUAUAAUUCUGUUUGUACUUCAAGAUAGCUAAUAAAGUAUGACAUCAAUCAAA